CCAAGUAAAUAGGUUUAGCAAUUCAGUCAAGCACCACAGACAGUGCAUAAAAGAAGUGUGAAGAUGACGAUUCAAGAGAAACUCAGACUUCUGGUUCUGCUUGGAAUUUCAUUUUGUGUCGUAAAUUGCAGUGCACACUUUCCAGAUCCAAUUUUCAGCAAACAAGACAAUUUGAGCUCAAAGAAUUGUGGUAUUUGGAGCGGCAAUGCAAACGAGGAACCCAGUUGGAGAGUAGUUAUCGACUACAAUGGAUUAGUUUGCGAGGGUAUUCUAAUAUCUAACUGGACUGUUCUGACACCCACAUGCACAAUUGAAGAAGCAGACUUAAAAAAGGGAAAAAAUAUUAGUGUGCACUGGGGGGAGUGUGCAAAGAAAAACGAAAGAGAAAAUCUUCCCCAGUGUAGCAGGAAACAAGGGAGAGUACUAAGUGUGAUGGAAAAGAAUCCAGAUUUGAAGCUAUUUAUAACAAACAAGUUAUCUGAUAUAGACGAAAAUAUUCAUCCAAUUUGUUUGUUUAACCGUGGCAAUGAAUUGGACACAACAGGUUCACCAGAUUCCCUCUACUUUCAUUGGAAUCAAUAUCUGUACUAUGAGCAAUAUGGCUUUGACUAUUACACACGAUCGGUCAUUCAAGUACCUGACAACCGAAAACAAGCGCUCUCUCCAAGACACAUAGUGCCCAUUGAGAAUUGUCUCAAUGAUUCUAAAGUAAUGGUAGACAAGAAUGGAAGAAAUUUGUUCUUAUGUACAUCACCACCCGUCGGCCAGUUUAAGACAUCAUAUGGAAACUUUUUGGUGAAUUUCCACAAAGGUAAAUACUUUCUGCGAGGCCUGAACGUGAACACUUUUAAUUCAACCGAUGGCUUCAAUGACAGAAAAUUUAACAUAUAUCUUGACCUACUGCCCCAUUCGGAAUGGAUCGCUCGUCGCGCCCUGGAUGAAAUGGUUCUCACUCUAAUUCCGAUGCCAAAACCAAUGAAAGAGCUUACUCUUGCUGGCAACCUGAGCUUUCCUGACUGCGGUGUAAAAAGUUUGAGACAAAAAAGAGAUGCAAGCAGUUACUCAGAGUCAUCAGAAGAGAUAGAGGAUGCGACACAGUUAGUGGGGAAUGGUUACAACGCGGAACCAGAGGGGCAUCCUUGGCAUGCUGAAAUUUUCAACCUCUUGAACGGCAACAUCUGUGGCGGAACCUUAAUAUCGAGGAAAACCGUAUUAACAGUGGCCCACUGCAUUUUUGACUGCGAAGAAGACGACUUAAGUGUUACAAUUGGAAGAUAUGACAGGAGUCAGACACACGUUCGGGGCAUGCAAACAAAAACACCUAGCAAACUGGUGAUCCACCCUAACUUCACAAAAGGCGGAUUGCAUAGUGAUAUUGGUCUGGUAAUAUUUCAUGAUGAAUUUGAACUGACAGAACAUAUUCGCCCAAUUUGUCUGUGGAACGAGGAUAUUAGCCUAGAUCACAUCGAUGGACGAUUGGGUGUUGUUGUUGGAUAUGGUUUAGACGCCAAAAGGACUUUGCCUAGUAUUUUGCAGGAAGCAAAGUUAAAAAUACGGACAAACGUAGCGUGCUAUCUUAAUGGCAGAAGAUUUUUUAAGAAAAACAUAAAACCUGGAGAUAAUUUUUGUGCUGGUUAUAAGAAUGGAACUAAAUUAUGCCCAGGUGAUAGUGGAGGGAGCCUGUCAAUUAAAAAGGACGAUCGUUGGUUUAUAAGAGGAGCAGUAGCCUUCGGAAAGACAAAUAUUUCUAUAGUAGAGGGCAAGAAAGAACAAAUUUGCUUGGAUAGCUUUGGAAUUUUCGUGGAUAUUGCAUAUUAUUUAGACUGGAUUUUAGCAAACACUCCAGAUCUUAUGUAAUAUGUAUUUUCUGAAACAAUAAAGGAAUAGUUAAUGUUA